AUGGCUACAUCUAUGCGUUCAUACGGGGUGAUAGACGCAGAUUCCCGGUGCUUAUUCAUGAUCAACGCACAGCCAGGUGAGCAUCUGCAUCUCGAUCAACUAAUCGGCGUCAACCUCUCUCCAAUUCAGGCACUAAAGAUCCAAGAGGGUGAUGAAGACUUGUGGUGCUUGUUGAUUGACCAUGAACCUGCGUACUCAACUUUCUGGAUGGAAGUGACAAUGAAUCGUGGAUCCAUUGCCAGUGCUAGAUUCGUGGAUGGAUCACAAGAGUUCGAUGAUGAAGAGACUAUGGAGAUUGCAGAGAUUGUAGUUGAGUAUGACAAGUACUCGAGGUAUCUUAAAAAGAUUUCUGAACUUCCAGUCACGACUAUAGGAAAGAAUAAAGAGGAUGGAUCAAAAGAAGGAGAAGGAGAGAUUUGUGGGGUUUGUCAAGAAGAAUAUGAAGCGGGUCAAACGAUCGGAACAGUCAAAUGUGGACAUGUGUAUCAUGAAAAAUGCAUCAAGAAAUGGUUGGUGCAGAAAAACUUGUGUCCAAUCUGCAGCCUAUAUAUGGAGAUUAUUGCAAAGAUUAUUUUCCUGUUGGAGUCUCGUCAACAACAAGAACAAGAUGAUGAUGAUGAUGAUGAUGAUGAUGAUGAUGAUGAUAAAACAGAAGAUGAAGUAGUAGCAGAAGAAGACGAGGAUUACAAAUCAGAAGAAGAAGAAUAA